UCAGUCUCUUUUCCUGCUCUCUUUCCCACCUCGUGUCUCUCUCUCUCUCUCUCUCUCUCAUUCUCUCUGCAUCUUAUCCAGCCCCCCUUCUUCUGCUUUCCAUUCAGAUUGUUUACCCAUUUCCUCCUCACUCCGCUGCGUCUUUCUCCUCCCUCUCUUCUUGGUUCUUCCUUGUCGCUGCUGCUCUAGCCUCAUCACCCUACAUCCCUCCCUUUCCUACCAGCGCUCCCGCCUUCCUCCUCUUCCUCCUCUUCCUCCUCCUCCUCCUCCUCCUUUUUGGAGAUCUUCAAAGCUGACCAGCACACACUUGCACAUAGCAUAACACACUCCUCUCCUGCGUGGGAAAAACAUGUCAGCUAUUCUGGACCUGGACCAGAUUGCAUGCUCAGGGAAUGGAGUGGAGCAUGACAUAGAGACUCCCCAUGGCGUUCUUCACGUGACGAUGAGAGGCGUUCCAAAGGGCAACAAGCCCGUCAUCCUCACCUAUCACGACAUCGGCCUCAACCACAAGUCGUGCUUCAACACCCUGUUCAACUAUGAGGACAUGCAGGAGAUCAUGCAGCACUUUGCGGUGGUUCACGUGGAUGCGCCCGGCCAGCAGGAGGCUGCUCCUCCCUUCCCCAGCGGGUAUCGCUACCCGACCAUGGACGAGUUGGCUGAAAUGCUGCCCUCCGUGAUGACUCAGCUCAAGGUCAACAGUGUGAUCGCAAUCGGCGUGGGAGCGGGAGCGUACAUCCUCAGCCGCUUUGCGCUGAACAACCCGACCCUGGUGGAGGGGCUGGUUCUGAUCAACGUGGACCCAUGUGCUGAAGGCUGGAUCGACUGGGCAGCUUCAAAGCUGUCUGGAUGGACCAGUGAUUUGGUGGAUAUCAUCAUGUCUCACCACUUCAGCACUGACGAGCUGACAGAUAACACGGAGCUGAUCCAGAGCUACCGCCUCCACAUCACCCAAGACAUCAACCAGGAGAACCUGGCCCUCUUCUGUGGCUCCUACCAAUACCGUCGGGACCUGGAGAUCGAGAGGCCAAUCGUAGGUCUGAACGAGGCUACAGUUAACACAUUAACCUGCCCUGCGUUGUUGGUGGUCGGUGACACGUCCCCCGCUGUGGAGGCUGUGGUGGAGUGCAACUCCAGGUUAAAUCCAGUCAAGACCACACUGCUGAAGAUGGCUGAUUGUGGAGGCUUGCCCCAAGUUGUGCAGCCAGGGAAACUUGCCGAGGCCUUCAAGUACUUUGUUCAGGGAAUGGGCUACAUUCCCUACGUUCUUCUCAGUCACCUGAGCAACGAUUCAGUGGCGUCAGUAGGAAUGACUCGUCUGGCUCGCUCACGCACCGCCUCCUCCUCCAGCAUCACCUCCAUGGACAGCAGCCGCAGCCGCAACAACCUCAACAGCCUGCUGGAGGGCAGCGUCACCGGGGCCUUGGACAACCAGGCCGGACCCCAGACCAUGGAGGUCUCCUGCUAAGCUCUGCCCUCUGCACAUUCCCAUAGUAACUUAUGUGCCCUCUCUUUCUCUCUCCCCCCCCUCCCUCUCUCUCUCUCUCACCGCUCCUAAGCUACUCAACGCCAGGAGGAUCUGUAAUAAACUAUGUGAUUAGAGAAGAUGUAAUAAAUAUAUUAACAGAUGCAUAUUAUUAAAUAUUGAAUAUUUAAUACAGUGUCACAUUCUUACUAGAAACUAUAACCAUAUUCAAAUGUGUUGCGUAUUGAAAUGUUUAAACCAUUAUUAUUGACUGUCCAACCCCUUCUAUUUAUUUUUUUUUCACAUCGUCUUUGAUUUGAAUGUCUUCACACACACACACACACACACUAUAGAAAUGCUCCAUGUGUUCAAAAUAACAUUCAUUGCAAGGUACAACACUUUUACUAUUCUAGCUGGUCUCGCCUGUUGUGAUCUCUAAACAUUGAUUUUGAGUCACUAUCUUUGUUUUAAUCCCAAACUUGCUGCAAUGCGAGGCCGAUUUAGUCACAAAGUAUACAGAGAGAUCACGGAACCUGCUGUAGCUGCAGAUAUGUAGGUAAAGUGAUACAUGUAAGAACCAUCGCAGACUGUAGCACAAUGUCAGUAACACUAAACUACAGCUGUGGUGAGAGCUGCUUUUUGAACAACGUGAAAGAGCGUUCAGUGUAAAGUCACGUACCGGUGUGUCAACUCCUUCACACACAUUCGUUUAUUUUCUAUUCUUUUUGUGUCUGAGCUAGUCUACUUUUCUUUCUGCUUUGUGUGGGAUGCGUUUGUUCAGUUGAAUAGAUUAUUCAGUGAUUGUUUUAACAACCUGCAACAAGUGGGUUCUGAAGUGAAAAGUACGAGUCCCUUCACUGAGGGACUGCUGAUUCAACUCAUUUAUAUUACGACUGAAUAAAAGCUACAUCAUGA